AUGGAUAGCGUUUUAAUGGCGGUUGUUAUUCCUAGAAGCCAGAAACCAAGUUUAUAUGCAACCAUGCCUUUUUGGGAGGAUAAUGAAAUUCGAUUUGACGUUCCUUUCACACAAAUGAAAUUACGUACUGCAGAAAAAUUAAUUGAUAAAUUAGAUUCUGUGGAGGAUACUAAAGGAAAUGGAGGAGACAAAGGACGACUCAUUGUAACAAAUUUAAGAAUAUUGUGGCAUUCAUUGUCAUCUCCAAGAGUCAGUCUGUCUAUUGGUCUGAAUACUAUUUUAAAUGCAACUACUAAAAACGUUAUUUCAAAAUUGAGGGGACCAGUUGAAGCAUUGUACUUACUUACUAAAACUGCAAAUAAUAAAUAUGAAUUUAUUUUCACUAAUCUUAUGCCUGGUACGACUAGGCUCUUUACUUCUGUUAUUGGAGUUCAUCGGGCAUAUUUAUCAUCGAAAAUGUACAGAGAGUUAAAAUUGAGAGGUGCUAUAAUUAAACACAAACAACUUCAACUUUUACCACUUGAGCAAAUUGUAAGAACCGAGAAUGGAGUCUGGAAUUUAUCAAGUGAUCAAGGAAAUCUUGGCUCAUUUAUCAUAACUAAUAUUAGAAUCGUUUGGCAUGCAGACAUGAAUGAACAUUUUAAUAUUUCAUUACCUUAUCUUCAAAUUGCAUUGGUGAAAAUAAGGGAAUCUAAAUUUGGUGUUGCACUCGUUAUAGAAAGUGUAGAAACCAGUGGAGGUUAUGUAAUGGGAUUUAAAAUUGAUCCCCAGGAAAGAUUAAAAAUGGUUUACAAAGAAAUUCUUUCACUUCAUACAGUGUAUUCAAAAUGUCCUAUUUUGGGUGUCGAAUACACACUAAGCAAUGAGGCUAUUUUACCAGAAGAUCCACCGACAUUGCCUGAACCAGAAAAAGAAUUGGAUUUAAGCUCGGAAAUUAUAUCUAGAGCAAUUAAUUCGUACAUAGCUGAUGAUGAUCCUGAAUCCAUGCCUCGACCUCCUGUUUAUUGUCCCGAUUUGGGUUUGGCUGUGGAAGAACUUAAAGAAGGUUUUACAAUGCAAGAUUUGUGGGAAGUUUUACCCCCUUCUGAAUUUGUGCAAAAACAGAAUGCCGAGAGGAUUGCAAAUAACAUUCCAUAA